AUGGCUGCAUUGCUCGUUGUACCGUUGAAAAAAACAUUUGAAGUGGAUAUUGCAAAGCCAUUGAAGAAUCUAAUUAAUAGGUCGUAUAAUGGGAAUAAUGCGAACGUAAUCGAUCAUUCGGAGGCGGUAAAUGAAUUGAGCAAGUUAAGAAAUACGGCAUUAGUACGACCGUGUAUCACAAUCGAUUCGUUAGAGACUAUUUAUAACUAUUAUGAUCAGCUGUUGGUUUUGGAAUCGAAAAUUCCGAUGCAUGAAUUACAAAAUGUUCCAUUCAAGUGGAAAAAUGCAUUCGAUAAGAAGAUGUUCAAAGGCCGAAUUAGUUUGACUUUGCCAUCAUUGGCUUAUGAAAAGCAAUGUGUUUUGUUUAAUAUUGCUGCAAUGCAAUGUGCAAUCGCUGCGGCCCAAGGUACUUACAGAGACGAUGGUUUUCGAUUGGCCAUCAAAUUACUACAACAAAGUGCUGGCAUUUUUGCUCACUUGACGAGUGUCACAUCGUUUUCCAAUUUGUCAACAUGUGAUUUGGACACGGACACAUUGCAGGUGCUGUCAAACUUAAUGUUAGCACAGGCUCAGGAGAUUUUCGUAUUGAAAGCCAUAAAACACAGUAUGAAAGAGUCAACUGUUGCUGAACUGGCGAGCUCAUGCCAACAUUUGUAUGAACGAGUUUUACGAGGCUUACAAAAAGAUUCACUUCGAUCAAUUUGGGAUAAGGAUUGGAUAAACACGGUUGCUGGAAAACAGUGUGGAUUCGAAGCCAUUGCCCAAUUUUAUCAAAGUUUAGUGUGCCGCAACAGAAAGGCCAUUGGUGAAGAAAUUGCCCGAUUACAAUACUCCACUGAGCGAUUUGAAGCGGCUAAAUUACAUUCUGGCAAACCGAAUUUGUACGAAGAAUUUCUAUUCCAAGCACAACAAAACUUAAACGAAUCGAAGAAGGAUAAUGAUUUCAUUUAUAACGCAACUGUGCCCAAUAUGAAAACACUCGUGGAGCCGAAACAGCACCAAUUGGCAAAAGUUUUACCAUUCACCACGCCAUUAUCGCCAAACUCAAGAGAUUUUUUUGUUCAUUUGGUACCAAUUGUUUUGCACCGAGCUAUUGAUGUCCGUAAAAGUGAAAUAAUCAGUGGUGAGAUGAUGAAAUUGCGAGAAUCAACGCAAAAAUUAAAUGAAACAUUGGUUCGCCUUAAUUUGCCAGCAACUAUCGAAGUUGCAGUGGGUAGCACAUUGCCUCGAUCGAUUUUGAAUAAAGCAAAAGACGUCCGAGAAAUGGGUGGAAUCGAUGGUUUGUGCAAAUUGAUCGAUGAAUUGCCCGAAUCAUUGAGAUGCAAUGAAGAAGUUUUAGAUGAGGUUGUUCGUAUGUUGAACGAAGAGGCUGAUGCUGAUACACGCAUACGAACACAAUUCAUGGAGAAAUGGUCUCAAAAACCGUCAGAGAAGCUGACCAAAACGAUUCGUUCGAAUAUAGCCAAAUAUCGUGAAAUCAUUCACAAUGCUGUUAUGGCAGAUAAAGCAAUUCGUAAAACAUUCGAGAAACAUGCUCACGUUUUGAAAAUGUUAUCGAAGCCCAUAUCACAGCUAGAGAAUGAAUGUUCGAUUGGAUUUGGCGAUGGAAAUAUCUCAAAUUCUCGCUCCGCUCAGGAGUUACGUCGAUUGAUGGAUAACGUUGAUGCACUCAAAGCUGAACGUGAACAGAUUGAAUCCGAACUUAAAUCAGCCACUGUUGAUUUGAAAGAUCAAUUCUUGAAUGCUCUAGCUGAAGACGGUGCAAUCAAUGAGUCAGACAUUUCAGAUGUAUCCAUUCGGAAAAUAUUUGCCCCGUUAUGCAAACGGGUGAAUGAAAAUGUCUUGAAACAACAGGUUUUAAUUGAAAAAACCCAAAGCGUUUAUCAUGACUUCGAACGAGAAUGUAGCGACAGGUCUGAGGCUCGUGAUGCAUUUUUAAAUGGAUUGGCCAGUGCAUACGAUACAUUUAUAACGUUGCGGAAACACUUGAAGGAAGGCACAAAAUUCUACAGUGAUUUAACAUAUUUGCUGAUCACUUUUCGGCAAAAAGUAUCUGAUUUUUGUAAUGCUCGCAAGACGGAGAAGUUUGACUUGAUAAAAUCCAUUAUCGAAGAUAAAAACUCAAAUUGGACUAUGAAAACUGACAAUCAGAAUGAAACGAUAACAAUACAGGCUGAAUUGUAUUCACAUAUAACAAUGGCAGAGAGCUUCAAUCCGUAUGCUACGUUUACAAUCCGAAAAAUUCAAUAAAUGUUCAUCUUCAACAUAUUUAAAUCUUUUUUUCCUUCUAAAUAAAGUAAGC